AUUGGUUGAGUUAUUCCAAGUUGAAUUUCGUCCGAUUUAAUAGAAAUUAAUAUUCUCGAAUUAUUCUCGUACAGCAAUAUAAUACAGCAGUAUACGUAACCGGUAUAAGAGAUUUCUGGAUUCGCUUUUGAAACGACAUCGUCCCUCGUCGAACGCUUUCAAAAAUACUCAUACCGCCGUCGAAUUGCCUCGAUUAUCGCCGAUUAAUCCGUUUCAAAUUCCUCACCCUCUGGAUCGCGAGCACCGUUAACUUUUAUGCUUCAAUGUGACAAUAUUCCGAGUGCGUAUAGUUAUUCCGUUAAAUAUAGUGCGUGCGCCCGCAUUGCGCAACCAUGAGAUCAUAGAGGGUUAAUUUAUAAUCCUUUCGAGUUUUCCUUUGAUAUCGCGGUCGCAUUCAUAAUUGACGCUUUAAUUUCGUACACGCAAUUCCUACGUUUCGUGUCAUAAACUCGAAGCGUAUCGCGAAGUCGAGACUUAUUGAUAACGGCGCGUUAAAUUAUCAAUUUUGUAAUCGAAUCGUUUGCAAUCGCAUACUCGAUCGAUUCGUUGUAAAAACACAACGUGUUCCAGAAACAUUUUUAAAAUUAUCCCGCCACCCGGUUGUCUUGCUCUUUUCAGAAGGAAAAAGAAUUUAAAUUAUAUGUAUAAAUUAGAAUUAUGUACAGGGCGAGAAGCGAAGGGGAUCUCCUCGAAGAAACUCGCUCGAUUCGAGUACAACCGAGUGCAACGAGUUAAGGAUAAUAUCGUGGGAGCUGGUGUAAUUGGGGGCACGGUACACUCUAGGUACUACCCUGUCUCGUUUCAUUGGUCGCGCACGGCAAAUUACAUCGUAGAGCUUGCGUCUAUUCGAAUUUACUCAUUACAAGACGUUCCCCCUCCCCCGCACGCACAGAUCAAAGGAUGCGUCCCCGUACGCAUCUCGUUGAGAGGCGGAAAAAAAGCAUUUGACCGUCAAAUGUGCAAUGCUUUGGACCGGGGGGGAUAUGCAAUUGAUUAAUAAACGCCUCGGUUAAACAAAAGCACCCCGCUGGGCGUUUCGAGGCUGGUUGUUAGGUUGUUGGCUCGGUUGGGUCGCGUGCGAGUGAAACCACGGCUCGACGCCAUUGUCGCGGGGGCAGGGACUCACGGCUCGAUAGUUUCACCGAGAUAAAAUCGGAACGAUCGUUCCUUUGUGGCCGCCCUUUUUGGUUUGCUCGAAUCUCUACUUACCAUCCCGGGAUAUGACGAGGAAACUUGGUGUACGGGGGGAGGGUUGAACGUUUCAUCCAGCUACAACCUGCCCGAUCUCGUUCUUGGAUCUAUCUUAUCCGGGCCGGGGAUCUGGAGAUUCUUAAGCGCGGAAGGCGUCGAGCUGUUCUCGAGAUCGAAUCUCUUCUCCAUUUCUAGACGAGGCGGUAUCGAGUAUCGAUCGUCGAAUAAAACUCGAAUAAAGCGACAGAUACAUCGUUUAGGAUAUCGUUGAAUUACCCUAUGUCAACCGUUCGAGGGCCGUCCUUAUCCUCCGCUUGUAUAUCUCGUAUUCUCGAAGCGAGCGUGUCCCCGCAACCGCAAGAUUAUUUGGUAAAAAAUGUAUAGCAUCGUAAAGUACACUUUAUUCGGGCAGUAACUUUAAAGACGUUAAAAGUUCGGACUUUUGAUCUUACGGCCGAGAUUUCGUUUAUCCUUGGCUCAAAUAUUUGAACGUGAUCUCAUUGUUUUAUCGUUGCUCCUCUCGUCGUAAGUUUGGAAGGAGAUGCAUUUUUAUUUACACGAGGAGACGAAAGUUAAGUAUCGGCGCGAUUUUGCGUUACAUCACCGCCGACGAAUCUCACUCCUCUUUUCACACGAACGGUACUCGUCUGAUAAUGCGUUACCAAUGGGAUCUUUCAGAGCUGGUAAUCAAGUUUCACGCGCCAUCGUUUACUUUGAUCUUUAUCUUCGAUAUUGUCCUCUGCAAUAUAAUUAUAUCGCGUCUCUUAUUCGUCCGAUAAGAAUGCAUUUCUUCACGAAGAUUCCCAUCGAAUUCCUAGGAAGACGUUUCCGCGAUUAGGAAGCGCGUCGCGAAUGAAACGGAACCGAUUCGAUCCGUUUCGCGAUAUCUUUGUUUGUACCGAUGAAGAAAUAGGUAUCCGGUGGCACGAUUCCUGUGCGUAGCUUCGAGCAGAGUAAAAAAAGAAUCGGGGCAAGGAGGAGUCGUACGCGAAACGAGCGAGUCGGAUCGUUUGUUUACUCGUGGAACGCGGCGCGUUGCCGAAGAAAUACGACGGGUCUGGAGGCGGAGAGGAGGGUAAAAAAGGGUAGGUAAAAAAGGAAGGAAAAAAGGAAGAAGAAAGAAAAGGAAGGAAAGGAGAGGAAAGAAGUCCAAGGCCCCCAUCGAAUGGUUGAAUUGGCACGGUUGAAGCGUAGGUAUAGCUGGUUCGACGGAGCCGCUCGCGUACGAGCCGAAGUGCGCGCGCAGCCACGCUAGGAUCAGUCGUACGGUAGUCGUGAGAGGGCAGGCGCCCCCUCCGCAUCUCUCCUCGUCUGGUCUGGGCCGCAGAGCGGCGCACCGUGUGUCGAGCCGAGCCGAGCCGAGCCGAGUCGGUCAAUACUCCGGGCAACGCGGUGGUGAGAGCACACGACCACGGUCGCCCCGUACUCGUGCACGCCGUCACUCGGAAGCGGCGACUACUCUCUCUCCUCUCUCCUCGCGCUAUCGGGAUUCGUGUCGUCUUUCGGCCGAUAAUCGAACGCGUAAUUUUCGUGGCGAGCGUGGAUCCGGAAGGGACGCCAGCCGGAGGACCGGCCGCCGAUCUAUUCUCGCCGUGAUCUGCCUCCGCCAAACGGACGCUGAUGAUACGUACACGCGCGCACACACAAGCGUAACACAGGCACGCAGAGAGGAGGACACGCGUGGCAGCCGAACGCAUCCCAUCGCAUCUCGUCCCAUCCUUGUUUCCCAACGUAUAUACGCGGUGCCCAGUUGGCAGCGUUCCUCACCGAGAAACGCACCAACGAUGCCACGAGCCUGCCUCGUCCAGUACGGUUCGUAAGGAAGGACACGAGUGUGUCAGGACGCUGGUGACACGGGUCCCGGGUGUUCCAUCAACAUUCCCGCUUGUGCUCGCUCGUGUUCAAGUUAUCGCGGACAGUGAUAUUCUGUGCGACGAAAUAGGAGGAGGAUCGAAUCGAGACCCGGAAUCUCCACGUAUCGCCCGACCAACGACACUCAACUAUGAAUCCUGGAGCGUGAUGGACAAGCUCGCGUACACGACCACGACCAACUUGCGGCUACGCCUCGCCGGCAUGCUCAUGGAUAUGUGGAUAUUCUUCCUGUUCGUCGCCAUUGCCGACGUGGCGGCCUCGGUGGAGGUUCACUUCGAGAACAAAGAUGGCGGAUUUUUCCUGAAGCACAUACCGAGGCAGUACUAUCCCGUGAGAGGGGAUUCCAUCUCUGCGAUAUCUCCGUCGACGGGGACGUUAUCGAGCGGGGCCCCAUCGCCCGCGCCGGGCUCCGUCCUCUCGAUAGACAAAUUCACGGUGUUUCAGACGAGCGAGCCUGUGUCAGUGCGGGCCACUUACGGCCCAUUCAGCACGAAGCAAACCGUGCCCGCCCGCUACAUAGUGCCGGAUCCAUUGGACGCGCUGCCCGGCCCGGAAACGAGGCGGAAUCUCACGGCUGCGACGAUCCUGGACGCGCAGGAGCUGGGCGCCCGUCACCUGGACAUGUCCGCCCAUCUGGUCGGGAACAGCGUGCCUCGCGACUCGCCCGUGCUUAGAGUGCUGUUCCACGCCGGAAGCGAGGCUGGCGGAAGGCGCCAGUUGCUCCUCGCCCGCCAUCAGAGAGUGUGCGUGGUUCUUCACGCGAGCCUGGCCACCCCGUCGAGGAGCACCGUUAAUAGAAACAACGCAAGGCCUUACCCCCCUUCGUCUUCCUCCUCCUCCUCCUCCUCCUCCUCCACUUCCUCCUUCUCGAGUUCGACGUCCACUUCCGCUCUAACGGCAGCCUGCAGCCCCGACGGGGAGAACGGAGUUUGCUUGGCGCAGAUCACCAUACCUGCCGAUUGGUGGGCACCGUUACCGCCGCCGGACGCUUCCGGCCGGGUCAAGGUCGCCAAGAGCCUGCCCAGGCUCGUGCAGGUCGCCUACUCCGUGCUCGAGCCGCGGACGGAGGAGGCAGGCUCGGCCGACAACGGGGCAGGCUUCUGCAGGCCGAGGGUCCAGAUUCAACCCGUCACGCCGCUCGGUCAGGUGCCCCUCGCUCCGAACCGGGCCGAUUACAAGGAGCUCAAGGCCGACGAUUCGCUCACUCUUCUGGUACCGCACGGCCCCCUCUACCCGAGGUCCCGGCUGCACGUCCCGGCGUUCCUUCAUCCGUCCAAGACCACCGACCCGAGACAGGAGAGGGCACCGCUCGUCAUCGCGGUAUACCUUAGGGCCAGGGUGAAAUCCGGCGUGAAAAUCUUGGACGCGUCGUCCAGCAACCCGGACUGGAUCGUAGACAGCAAGAUCAACGCGAAGAACACGAUCGCCACGUUCACCGCGAGGCGAAAGGAGAAUGCCUCCCGAUUACCAAGCGCAUCGGCGGAGGAGAUCCUGACGAUGCUUCUCGAGGCGAGCGAGGAGGGGAUGGAGGGGAAUUGGGACGGUGGUCGGAUCGUGUGGAGCGUGCGUUACGCUUUCGACAACGGGUCCCAGUUAAACGGGAUGGAUCAGCUGCAGCAAAGAUUGCAGCAGAGACAGAUGCAGCAACAUCAUCAUCACCAUCAUGCCGAGAGGCGGAAGCUCCAGGUUCGUCUUGAGAUACAGAAGGACGACAUACAGGCUGUCCUGCCUAUAUCCAAGAACUGGGAGGUGAUGAACACGGCGGUGCUGACCGGUCGGCAAGUAUCGCAGGGGAUGAAGGUGUUCAUCGUGAGCCAAGCGGGAACCGUGGCCGACGUCACGCUGCAAUCCUCCUGCCACUCGGAGGACGAGAGCGUGCUCAAGGUGUCGUCCUCUUGUAGCAGCGUGUACGUGGACGGAACGGAGAUACGGGGUUCGAGCAACGCUUCCGUCCUCGUGAAAUACGGCACGUACACGGGCCUGGCUAAAUUCACAGUUUGGAUGCCGGAAUUUCCUUUGGAGAUGACCGUGGGAGAUACGAGAUUGAGCCAGAUCAAAGGGUGGAAAGUGGCCGAGGAGCACGUAGCUGGGGCGAAAAGCAAACGCAGUUUGAACUCUACGCGGUCGAGCGAGCCGAGGACGAGAAAGAGGAGUGCCGCGGAAUUGGAGGACACCUCGAUGGACAUCGAGGACGCGGACGUGAUCUUGGAGGAGGACGAGCAGGAGGAGAGAUUUCGUGGGAACGAUAACUGGGAUGCUAUUAACUCCAUCGAUAGGGGGCCCUCGACCAACUGCAGGCUCCGUUUCCAGCAGAGCCCGGUCGAGGUGCACGCGAGAUUCCUGGCUACCGACCACGAUUCCGGCAGGGUAUCCUACUUCGUGAAUCGCCGAACUUGGCUGCGAGUGACCGAUCUGGUGAACGGGAUGCUCCGAGUUUCGGAUCCAAGGAUCGCCGACCUGCUGCAGGGGAGGAUCGUGCAGGGUCGCGGGGUGGGGAGGACGGAAGUGCAGGUUCUUUCGCCGAUCACGAGCAAAGUGAUCGGCGCGAAGGAAGUGCGAGUGGGUAACGAUCGAGUGGCGAUUACCAGGCUGUCCGUCAGAGUGGUAUCCGGUUUACAACUGACCAUCAGCCCCGACACCGCUAUAGAGAACGGAUACGUGGCGGAGACAUCGGUCACGAGGAAGUUGACCGCUCAGUAUCAGGAGGGUCUGUUGGAUAUAGACGUGGAAUUCUCGGACGGUACGAGAACACCGCUGAGAGAGAUCGCCGUGAACGACUAUCAUUUGUUGGUGGAGAGUUUAGAUCCGGAAGUGGUGGCGUUCGCCCCGAUGGUCGCCUCUCACCAUCCGCGGGUGAUCGCAGUGGGCGAGGGACGAGGCGAUUUGUUACGAGUCAGUCUUCAGCUGGCGGAUGCCUGUCGCCUGACCGGCAGGAGGUCCGGGAAGGGGUCUCAAAGGGCGACCGCCGCCACCCUCGCCACCGCUUCAGCCAACGUCGAGGUGGACUUUGCCUCGAGCGAUCUCCCCAAUCGACCCGAAUUCGUGCAGAACGACGGAGGUGGAACGGUUGGCUCCCAUCAUCACAGGGAGAGGAAGACGAGCAGGGGAGAGAUGGCGCCCGAUUUGCACGACAUCUUAAUCGGGCUACCGCUGAAAGACGAGAACGGGCACGAGCACGAGCACAAGCACGAGCACGAACCCUUGGUGCAGGCACGGCAGCACCGCACCGCUAUAGCUAAUGGCAUGUCUUCAGGAGGUAUGGGCGGCGUCGGGAUACGGCAUCACGGAGGGGCGCGUAUGAGUCCUCUCGAGAUCGGGAUGUACGUCCUUCUCGCGGCCUUCUGUUUCGCCAUCGUCGUCUUCGUCGUUUCCUGCGUGGUCUACGCGAGCAAGUUCAAGCCCCAACCGCCGGAUUCCCCGUUAGCCGGCUCCGCGCUUCCUGUGCUGUCCGGAGCAGCGAGGGCAAGAGCUGCGGCCAACCAGUUGGCGUCGGGGAGAAGGCCUCCCAGAGAGUCUACAACGAACGCGCACGAUUGGGUAUGGCUGGGGAGAGCCACCCUCGAGAGGGCCGCCUGCGGGCCGCAACAGGUAAGAGUGACCAGCAAUCCUCUGGCUGGCGAAAACGAGGGAGAAGGAGGCGAGCUGGCCACUUGCUUCGACAAUCCGAACCAUAUCGAGCUGCCUUCGGCCGGGCAGCGCAGCAAUGGAUCGAACGGCCAGCCGAUCGAUACGACCACUUACUGCAAGAGGGACAAGAUGCCGCGAAACAGUUUCGUUACGAAACAAGUGUCGAAACCGUCCACGGUCGUGUCCGCUACCACGAUCCCCACUCCACCAUCCAUGCUUACGUCCACCGUUACUUCCGCGCGGAACGACAACGACGAUGUACCACCACCCCUACCGCCGCACGGGAUACCCGUGGCCGCAGCAAUGGGUCCAACGACGGCGGCGGCGGCGCAGGCUGCCUCUGUCGGCGCGACGACGGCCAAUAACAACGGGAACGAGGAUUACAAACCGCCCGUGCCGCCGCACAGGAACACGGGAGUGAUCGUGCGGGUGCCGGAAACGCCGAGGAAACACCGGCACAGGGGGUCGAGCGGGAGCGCGGGCAUGAACCAGCAACACGGGAACAACAAUCAACGGCACAGCAAGCAGAUUCAUCACGUGAAGCCGCAUGGUAAAGCUAGAGUAGGUAGCCCGAAAGAGAAGGACGGGGAAGAAGAGGAGUUCGUGGAGCUGGCGAGUCACGAGGACAACAGGCACGUUGCGAAGGACGUGAGGGGCAGGGAGGUGAAGAGGGCGACGAUCGUCGGUAAUCCCAUGUUCUCCUCGUUCUCGACGAACGCGGUCGCCUCCUCGAUGAACGUGUCCACCCCGACCGUGGUCUCAUCCUCCUCGUCGCCGCCUAACUCGUCUCCGUCCUCCUCCGCCGCCUCCUCCUCCUCUUCGUCCUCCUCCUCCUCCUCCUCGUCCUCAUCCUCCUCCUCCUCCUCGUCCGCGUCCCUGUCCCACGAGCAGGAGGAAUCGGUUGCACUGGACGACCUGAACCUGGGCAUGGACUACAACCAGAUCAUGCAGUACUUCGACAAUUUGAAAGAGUCGAACGCCUAGGUAAAGGCGUUCGGCCUCGAAGAAGGCCGAGUAGUCAAGAUCGAUACGAAACCCCGGAUCCAUCGUUGAGAAUGGAUUGGAGAGGAGAGGCAACCGAGCCCGGCCUCCUCUUCCCCGCUUCCUCUCUCGCCGCGUGCCACCGUAUUUCGCAAUGGAGAACCGAUGGUGGCCGGGCUUGGGCCACCACGCUUUCGAAACGACGCUCCGGACGUUUCGUAUUUCUAUAGGCUAUAAUCUAGUCAGCUUCCUAGCAGCACAUCAACAAUAUCGCGCAAAAAAACGCAUCGACACACACAGAGACAUACACAUGACGAAUACAUGCGAAUACACGGGAAAGGAACAGAGAGAGAGAGAGGGAGAGAGAGGGAGAGACGCGAGAGCGCAAGCUAUAAGAGGCGCGUGUUCAAUGCGAGUAAUAAUACGUAAAGGUACACGCAACGUUGGGCACACAACGUUCACACGCACACACACACACAUACGCAUACACACGUGUAUACACACGCAGAGGCUUUAAAAAAAAAAAGAAGGUGCGAUGACCGGUGGCCGGGGUAGGAUAGAUAGAUCGCGCGCUCGAUUCGACCAGCUUUCUUUCUCUUUCCUCGACGAUCGAUCGAUCGACCGCCGAUCCUCGCUUCCGCCUCCGUGCGCUAUCGAUAUAUAUGUAUACAUAUAUAUACAUAUAUAUAUAUAUAUACGUAUAUAUAGCCCUUUCCUCGCGGCAAUCGAACGAAGGCUGCCACGUUGCUGCCAUGCGACAGGGCAUUCGCGAAAAAGUGGCCGGACAAAAAACCCGGGCUCUUUUGUCUCGAGAUCGAUCCUCCUGGCCUCAACCACCGAUAUAUAUAUAGCGGUCGUCCUUUUUUAUUCGUAUUUCCGCGGCUUUUAUGUUCAUCCGCGCUCCAUCCGUCUAUCCGUGGUUUCCUGACAAAAAAGAAAAAGAUAAAAACUUGUCCGUUUUUCUCUCCAACUUGUCUCGUUUUCACCCGCUUUACUCGUAUUAUUUUUAAACAGUUGUCGCUCGCUCGCCCGAGUCUUCCCGACCGUAAAUUCCACCAGUCGAGCGGAGACCGUUAAGAUCGAUAUCGAGACGAAUCGAUGCCGGACACAGGGCCGAAUUUACUUUUCCAAUUUUCGCCGGAGGGAAAACUAAGAAAACGUAAUAAUAUUUAUUCGAUCGUCCGUACGUCGUGAUGUUUGUAAAUUUUUUGCUUUGUAAGACUGUGUACAUAUAUAUAUUCGAAGCGAUUUUAUAUGUAUACAUAUAUAUAUAUAUAUAAAACGCGAUCUGAACGCAUGUUAAUUAUGGAUUGUGACAGAUUUACAAGAUCGCAAAUUACUCCUAGUAGAGCAAACUAACCGGCCCGUCUUUAAAAAUCGCUUCGAAUAAAGGCGGAGCCGAGCGGAAACGCGAUAAAAAGGGCCGCGUGCAUCUUUCUAUCCGUUCAGCGUUUCCCCCUCUACUACUCUCACUUCUAAUCUUUCUUCGUUUUUGUACGAGCGCUCUUUGAACAACAAUCACGCUGAUCGCCACUUUAUCACUAAGUAGUUCAAAUUCACCUUUUAUCCGCUAUCGCAUGUUCUUUACACACGCGUGUGUGUAUAUGUAUAUAUAUAUAUACACAUAUAUAAACAUAUCUCGCAAAAGAAAAGAAACAGGAAGGAAAAAAGAGAGUUUCGUUGGAAUUAAGAAGCAAGAAAUCGUUAUAUCGCGAUACGAACGCUUAUAUAAAUUAUUAUGUCGCGAGCUGCGAAACGCUAAUUUCGACGAACUCGAACCCAACACGAUGUAAUUAUCGCUUUUAAUUAUUACACCAUCCGCCCCCAUCGAUUGGAUUCCGCAAUUGUCCGCGUACGUGGCAUCGAUCGCGAGUGAUCGUUUUAACAAAUGUUUCGCGAGUCGGUGCACGUGCUUCCUCGCGCGAAUGUAAGCGCGAUCGCAUCUGUGCCAUCGUUAGUUAGAGACGCGUUUUCGUUCAUGUUCGUCUAUGCAUAUAUAUAUAUAUAUAGUGUGUAUAUAUGUAUACACACACAAACACACAGACACGUACACACACACACACGCCUGUACACUUGAGAGAAAGAGAGACUGGAAUGGAGAGACGAGUAUGUGAAUGUGUGUGCGAGAGGGAGAGAGAGAGAGAGAGAGAGAGAGAAAGAGGAGAGAAUGCAUCAGAGAGAUAAAAAUACACGCACAUCUUAUAGCCUUCGUUCUUCCGCACCGAUUUGAUUUCGUCUUGCGAAUCCAAUCGCACGUCUCCUUCUUCCCUGCGAUCGCGUAACGUGUAACUUACAUAAGUCGGAGUAAACGUACAUAUUUUCUAUCCGUUUCUAUACCGAGAGAGAUUCUUCUUUCUUUCGUUAGGAAGAAAUCCGAAUUUAAAGUCUUUGUUGUUUCGGGAUUGAUUCUUCUUUUUUCUCUCUCUUUUCUUUUUUUUUUUGUGUGUAAAAGAGGAUCGAACGAUUAAUCGAUAAUCGAUGAGAUUACGCAGGGACACGAUACGUAGAAAUCCACGAAACUCUAAAGGAUCACAUUAUCUUAUAACUAGGCAUCUAAGGACUACGUGUCUAAGUAUGUAUGUAUCUGUUGUAAGUUGUGUGUUAGCAUGUCAAGCGUGGGAUAUAGUGAUGUAAUGCCGUUUGAACAGAAUGAGAAAAGAGAAAAGAGGCGCUCUAAAAGGGUCGGCGUCUAGAGCGGUCUCGAGGCGUUUCAAUCAACGCGUGGGCCAUGCAUGCAUGUUAACCCUUUGCGUUAAAUUAGUCGAUAAGUCGAGAUUUCUUUUAUUUAAAUCGCACUUUUAGAUAUUAAUUAAUUCGAAUUUAAAUUUACAUUCCUUUGUCUUCAAAUUCGAACGAAUUGAGAAUCCUUUGGAUCCACGAGGAGGGAUAUAUAUAUAUAUACAUAUACAUAUAUAUACAUAUAUAUAUAUAUAUGCAAAGGGUUAAAGGAUGCUGCAGACAACGUAACGAUACCCCGCCGAGAAAUCUAGUCUUAUAGCGUAACUAAUGCAUUAAUUAUUAAAUAUUAAUAAACGCGAAACGCGAUCUACAUUGCCUUUCGCCCGACUACUACACGUAUCCUCGAAUCGAAUCUGGCGGGGUGAAGAAGUGGUGGCGCCGUAUUCGUAGCUCUGCCCGUGGCCAUUCUUUCCCUUUUCCCUCGAGGAGCAUCGAGAAUACGACUCCUCGCCCAUCCGAGAUGGCGGGACGUUAAACGAAUCAAUCAUAUCGAGUACCGUGAGUGAGAGACGCGCUAAUUACUCUUAAUUAAUCAUACGCCAGGGAAUCCCGUCCUCGUCGGACGGAGUCGAAAAGUAGGACGAGGAAUCCCACGCAGAGCCGGAAAUAAAUAGUAUUUACGAUAGAAAAUAGUGGAGGAGCUUGCGGAGCUUGUUUCGCGCGAAACGAACGCUGUUUGUAUGUUCGCUUAUCGCGAUGUUAAAAAGAGAAAGAAAGAAAAAAAGAAAGAAAGAAAGAAAAUAAGCGAAACCGCCCCCGAUUCGCCAUUACACUAUCAACGUACAAACGAUCUUACAGUUACUAUUUUUUACUUAGAAUACUAUUUCCUCCAGCUCUGGCUACGGCCAAAACAUUGUAUAUACACGCGCAACUCCUUAUUUUUCUCGUUGAAAAAUCGCAAAAAAAAAAAAAAAAGAAGAAAGAAAGAAAGAAAGAAAGAAAAAUAAUAAUAAUAAUAAUAAUAAUAAUAAUAAAAUUAAGAGAUACGACGACGGUUCCUUGGUUUGCUUUCCACAGCUUUAUCCGUUUCGUUCGUUCGAUCAUUUCGGAACGCCUCUCGCGAUCGUUUCAAUCGCGCGAAUUGGCGGAGAUCAAAAACUAUAUGAAAGCACGAUGCAUUUUGCAAUUUAUAGCGCCGAAUUUUAUAAUAAUAAUAAUAAUAAUAAUAAUAAUAAUAACCUCUCGAGGAGCUUUGUUUCAAAACAAAAUUCGUUGAUCCUCGAGACGAAAGCAAUCACAGCAGGGGAUUGCCCUGUUUAAAUCGAAAACUGCCGGUCUCUCUUUUCUCCUUUUUUUAUUUUUGAUAAGUUCCCAUCGAUCAGGGAGGAUUAUAUUAUAAAUAUAUAAAUAUAUAUAUAUAUAUUUUAUAUUAUAAAUAUAUAAUAUAUAUAUACAUAUAUAUAUAUAUAUUAUAUAUAUAUAUAUAUACAUAUAUUGUAAUAGAAUAUCGUCGCAAUGCUGACUCUGCAUUCACACACAUUCCUCAGACAUGAUGUCGCUGUAUCUACGUUAAGUGUGAUAAAUGCGGAUAAAAUAGAAUACGAAUGACGAGGCGUCGACGGCAAUGACGGCGACGGCGACGGCGAAAAAGACACGACGAAGACGGCGAUGACGAUCGCAUCCAUGACGACAAUUCCAAAUAAUCGACGAUGCUGUUGCGAACCACUAUCUUCUCGCUGAUCUCUCUAUUUAUUAUUCUUCUAGCUGGCAUGGAUUUAUCGUAAAAUGCGAUAGGAAGUUUGUACUUAUCGAUUAGUCUGUAUUUAUUGUAUUACGAAAAUGAUUAUCCUUAUUCUAUCACGAUCAUAAUCAUCGUUGCUGUUAUUGUUAUUGUUAUUGAGAUUGUUGUUGUUGCUGCCACUGUUGUUAUCGCUGUUUUCGAUGUAUUUCGCCCCGUCGUUGGGGUUGCCGUCGUGGUGAACGUCGCCAUCGCCAUCGGUAUCGGCGUAAUAAACGAUACGCUAAUUAAACAAUAAGAUACGACUAUCGCCUACUCAAUGUACAAUAUGUAGUAUUUACCUGUUGUUACCACCAAACCGUCAUCAAAGAUAUAUAAAAUAUUGUAAUUGUAA